AUGUAAUAAUUAGGUAUCAAACUAACGGAAAAAGAGAAUCAAAUAUCAAAAGAAUAUAAGAGUGAACAUUCACUGAACAAAUCUGUUAUCUCUGUUAGGAUUAGGUUACUAAAAAAGUCGAGCAGGUUGAUUGACAUUUAUGGGAUCUUACAUGAGGAGAUAAUUCAAUAACAUAGUUAAGGGAAUGAGAAUUUUAAUAUCGGCAAUGACUAAAAUUGCGAUGUAAAAUAUCAAUAUGAACUGAAUAGUUAAACUAAAUUUCAUAUAAUGCCGAUUUGAUCAGCGAGUGA